CGGCUCUUAUUCCAACAUUCUACGCGAUGCGAUAAACACGACAUUUCGCUUUAUUCGUCUAUCCAUGAUUCGCGAGUCAGCGCUACCAAGCCAAUUCCGUCGGAACACUCUAGGAGUGACGGCCGAGUCCGCAAAGAACCAUGUUCACCUUCACUCCCUUGCUAGGCGCACAGUCUGCCUCAUCCAAGGCUUCGCAGUCGAUUUUGGAGCUUGAGGGUGGCAUCAAAAUCCUCGUGGAUGUGGGCUGGGAUGAUUCUUUUGACCCGCUCGACCUGGCGGAGUUGGAGAAACAUAUCCCGACUCUAUCUCUGAUCCUCCUGACUCAUGCGACCCCCGCCCAUAUCGGUGCCUAUGUACACUGCUGCAAGACCUUCCCCCUCUUCACUCAAAUCCCUGUCUACGCGACGAGUCCUAUCAUCGCAUUGGGUCGGACGUUACUACAAGAACUGUAUGAAUCGUCACCCUUGGCCGCGACAUUUCUACCCAAGGCUUCGGUCUCAGAACCCGGCGCGACCACUUCCCCUACAUCGGCAGUAGCAUUCGCGGCAGAGGGCGACGAAAACAACGAUGCGAGCCACGCCGGGCGGAUCCUCCUACAGCCGCCGUCGGGCGAGGAGAUCGCCCGUUUCUUCUCUUUGAUCCAACCACUGAAAUAUUCGCAGCCACACCAACCGUCCCCGUCUCCGUUUUCUCCCCCCUUGGACGGCCUUACGCUGACGGCCUACAAUGCUGGACACACGGUCGGAGGAACAAUAUGGCAUAUCCAGCAUGGUAUGGAGUCGAUCGUCUACGCUGUUGACUGGAACCAAGCGCGCGAGAGUGUCGUCGCAGGUGCAGCCUGGUUCGGUGGCUCGGGUGCCAGCGGCACCGAAGUUAUCGAGCAGCUGCGCAAGCCUACGGCCCUGGUGUGCAGUACCCGGGGUGGCGACAAAUUCGCGCUCCCGGGCGGCCGCAAGAAGCGCGACGAUCUGUUGCUGGACAUGAUUCGCAGCACGGUGGCCAGGGGGGGCACGGUUCUCAUUCCCACCGAUACCAGCGCCCGAGUGCUGGAAUUGGUUUAUUCACUGGAGCAUGCGUGGCGGACUGCUGCAGAGGGGAACGGCCAAGACGAUGUUCUGAAAGGCGCUGGGCUGUAUAUGGCGAACAAAAAAGCCCACACCACUAUGCGGUUAGCGCGGAGUAUGCUAGAGUGGAUGGACGAGAAUAUCGUGCGUGAGUUUGAAGCGGCGGAGGGUGUGGACGCGACGACAGGCCAGUCUCGAUCAGGAGCUGACGGGCAGCGAUCUGGCGGUCAAAACCAAGGCAAAGGCGAGGAGAAGCGAACUGGACCCUUCACAUUCAAACACCUUAAAUUCAUUGAACGACGGAAACGACUGGAGAAAAUCCUAGCUGAUCCCUCGCCCAAGGUCAUCCUGGCGUCGGACUCCUCGCUCGACUGGGGGUUGGCUAAAGAUGCUCUGCAGGUUGUGGCGGGGGGAUCGAACAACUUGCUUUUGCUCACCGAGUCAUUCCACAGGAGCAAGCCCUCUGAGCACUCCGAGGACCCUAAAAGGAAGACGCUUGGUAGCAUGGUUUGGGAGUGGUACGAAGAAAGAAAGGACGGGGUGGCCCUGGAAAAGGCCGCAGAUGGGGAGAUGCUGGAACAGGUCCACGGCGGGGGACGAGAGAUGUCCUGGACGAAUGUACGGCGGGCGCCUCUCGACCCUGGGGAGCAGAUGCUCUACCAGCAGUACCUCGCGACCCAGCGCCAACUCCAGGACACCUCCCAAGCACGAGGCCAAGAAAACCUAGAGAAUGCCGCCGAUGCACUCGACGACCGCUCUAGUUCCUCGUCUGAAGAUUCAGAAGACUCGCAGCAGCAAGGCAAGGUGCUGAACUUCUCCACGUCGCUGGCUCACGCGAACCGCACGAAACUCGGUCUCAGCGACGAAGACCUCGGGAUCAACGUCCUUCUCCGGCGGAAGAACGUAUACGACUACGACGUCCGCGGCAAGAAGGGCCGCGAGCGCAUGUUCCCCUACGUGGCACCCCGGAAGAAACGGGACGAGUACGGAGAGUUCAUCCGGCCUGAGGAAUACCUGCGGGCCGAAGAGCGCGAGGAAGCCGACAUGCAACAGCGACGCCUCGAGAACCCCACAAAGCUAGGUCAGAAACGACGAUGGGACGAGGCGGGCCCCAACGGCGGUCGUGCGCCCGGCAGCGGCGGCGUCGAGCGAUCGCAGGCGUCAAAUAACGCCGAGGCUAUGAGCAUGUCCGACGACGGAGACGGCACGGACGGUGCGGUGGAAUCAGAGGACGAGGCAAACGGGCAGACGUUCGAGGGUCCCGCCAAGGCUGUCUACGAGAAGGACGCGCUGACGUUCAACGCGCGGCUCGCCUUUGUCGACUUCAGCGGACUGCACGACAAGCGCAGCCUGGAGAUGCUCAUCCCGUUAAUCCAGCCGCGCAAACUGAUCCUAGUCGGCGGCCGCGAGGACGAGACGACCGCACUGGCAACGGAAUGCCGCAAGCUACUUGCAGCCAAGACAGGCGUCAGCGUCGGAAACGACAUUGCGGAUACCGCGGCCCCUGACGCCGCCAUCAUCUUCACGCCGGCGAACGGCGAGAUGGUCGACGCCAGCGUCGACACCAACGCCUGGAUGGUCAAGCUGAGCAACAACCUCGUGCGCCGUCUCAGAUGGCAACACGUCCGCAGCCUCGGCGUCGUCACCCUGACAGGACAGCUCCAAGCAGCCUCCAUCGCCACCGCACCGCAAGACCAGAAACACCCGCAGGAAGACCAACCCGCCGACUCACCCUCCAGCAAGAAACAAAAACUCGACCACGACCCCAACUCCGACACCACCACAACAGAGCCAUCCGCCCCCGAAAGCAAACCCACCCUCACCCACCCAACCGACAAACCAGACAUCUACCCCGUGCUCGACAUCCUCCCCGCCAACAUGGCAGCCGGCACACGGUCCAUGACCCGCCCCCUCCACGUCGGCGACCUCCGUCUCGCAGACCUGCGCCGCCUAAUGCAGAGCGCCGGCCACAAAGCCGAGUUUCGCGGCGAGGGCACCCUCCUCAUCGACGGGACAGUCGCGGUGCGCAAGUCCGGCACCGGCCGCAUUGAGGUCGAAGCUGGUGCCGCCGCUACUACCGGUGGGCUGGGCCGCGGAACGGGUAGUUUCCUAGCUGUGAAGCGGAAAAUCUAUGAAGGGCUGGCUGUUGUUUCCGGGAGUUAGUAGUUUCUUUACCUUGUUGGUUCUUUCUUGCGAUUUAUGCUAGGAGAUUGGAUUGGAUGGGGUGCAAUGCAAUGCAAUCAAGUCAUAUCCUGUAUUUAUAAUGGUUGUUAAGUAUCUCAUGAGACCAACUCUUA